AUGUCUUCAUCAACCCUUUUCACCCCUCUCAAAGUCGGAACUUCCGAGCUCCAACAUCGAAUUGCCAUGGCACCUCUCACUCGAUUCCGUGCCGACGAUAACCACGUACCCCUUCCAAUAGUUGCCGAAUACUACGCUCAACGUGCUUCUGUUCCCGGCACACUUCUCGUCUCCGAAGCUACCUUCAUUGCCCCCCAAGCCGCCGGUUAUGCCAACCCCCUGGAGCAAAUUGCCGGAUGGAAAAAGGUUACCGACGCCGUUCACGCAAAGAAAUCAUACAUCUGGAUGCAAUUGUGGGCAUUAGGAAGAGCGGCAGACCCAUCAAACUUACAAGAAGAAGGUGGUUACAAACUUAAGUCUUCGAGCGAUAUUGCCUUUGAGGGAGGUGGCAAGCCAGAACCUUUGACUGAGGCCGAGAUCAAGGAAUAUAUUGGAUUAUACGCACAAGCUGCCAAGAACGCAAUUGAAGCUGGAUUUGACGGUGUUGAGAUCCACGGAGCAAAUGGUUAUUUGAUCGAUCAAUUUUUCCAAGAUACAGCAAACAAACGUACUGACUCCUGGGGAGGAAGUGUUGAGAACCGCGCACGUUUUGGCCUUGAGGUCACCAAGGCUGUCGUUGCAGCUGUUGGUGCUGAGAAGACUGGUAUCAGAUUGAGUCCAUUUUCUCCUUUCCAAGGAAUGAAGAUGGCAGAUCCUAUUCCACAAUUUACUUACAUCGCCCAAGAGCUCAAGAAAUUGAGCCUUGCAUACCUACACGUUGUCGAAUCAAGAAUUACCGGAAAUGCAGAUGUCGAAGCAACCGAGAAGGUUGACUUCCUGAUCGAUAUCUGGAAUGGUACCAGCCCAAUUCUCCUCGCUGGAGGUUUCAAAGCCGAAUCUGCAAAGAAGGCUGUUGAUGAAGAAUACAAAGGAAAGGAUAUCGUGAUUGUAUUCGGAAGAUACUUCAUCACCAACCCAGAUCUUCCAUUCAGAGUCAAGGAGGGAAUUGAGUUCACUCCAUAUGAUAGAGAUUUCUUUUAUAACAAGAAGGAGGCUGAGGGAUAUACCUCUUAUCCUUUCAGCAAGGAGUUUGAAGCGCAACAAAAGGCCACUGAAUCUUCAGCAUAA